AUGAGAUUUUUCCUUAUGGAAUUUUCCCUUAUGGAAUUUUCCCACACCAUGGAACUCCGGGUCCUGCACGCCUUUCUGUUUUUGCCGAUUUACUUGGCGACUCUAAUGGUGAACCUUCUCAUUAUUGUCCUUGUCACCCUGGACCAGUAUCUUCACACCCCCAUGUACUUCUUCCUGAAGAACUUGUCCUUCUUUGAUAUCUGUCUCAUUUCCAUUAUAGUUCCCAAAUCCAUUCUCAACUCUCUUACAAGAGCACCAUUUCUUUACCGGGAUGUCUUGUUGGUGAUUCACUUUGCUGGGGCUGAGGUGUUCAUCCUCACAGCUAUGUCCUAUGAUCGCCAUGUGGCCAUCUGUCACCCACCACACUAUGAGGUCAUCAUGAGCGGAGGAGUCUGUGUAUGGAAGGCAGCUGCCUCCUGGUUCCUUGGAGGAGUCUUUGGAAGCUUAUAUUCAGCUGGCACUUUCUCUUUAUCUUUCUGUGGCUCCAGAAACCUCCCUCCAUUUUUCUGUGAUGUACCAUCACUAUUAAAGAUUUCUUGCUCAAAGUCACAUGUAACUAUUAAUGUCAGUGUGGCAAUUGGAAUAUUUUAUAGUUUCUUUUGUUUACUUGCCACUGUUUUCUCAUAUACCUAUAUUUUCAAUACAGUGCUAAGCAUCCCAUCUGUACAAGGCCAGUCAAAAGCCUUCUCUACCUGCUUACCCCAUCUCAUAGUCGUGACCAUCUCUCUCCUGACGGGAGCCAUCGCCUAUCUGAAGCCAGUGCCAGACUCUCCCUCUCUCCUGGACUUGCUGCUGUCUGUUUUGUAUUCAGCACUGCCUCCCAACCUGAACCCCAUCAUCUAUAGCCUCAGGAACAAAGAAAUUAAGGCAGCACCGAGAAAACCCCUGUGGAAACUUGGUGGCAAUAUGAAGUAG